UACUCUUUAUCCACCUCAAACCGUCUCUUCACCGUCCAGGCUCCGAAGAUGUCCCUUGCGACGCCAUCUCCGGUGGCUAUCAUGAAGUAUUACAGAGGAAAGUUGCCUCUGUCUGUUCUCACUCUCGCAGUAUGCUGCCUUGCAUUUUUUACUCUGUGGUAUACAGAAAGAAUCAGUUCUCUGUCUCCCGGCUCUGUUUUCAGGCCCAAAUCCUGUGCUAGAAAAAGUCCAAUUACAAAAUCAAUUCAUAAAACUAUGAAGGAAAUAGAAAAUCCGGAUAUUGAUGAUAGAUUCGAGUUUGAUCCAGAGGAAUGCAAUAUGGCGAAAGGAAAAUGGGUGUUUAAUAGUUCUAUUACGCCAUUAUACACAGAUAGAAGCUGUCCUUACGUUGACAGACAGUUUUCUUGCAUUACAAAUGGCCGGCCCGAUUCCGACUACCGGCACUGGGAGUGGCGGCCAGAUGAAUGCACCUUGCCCAAGUUCAACCCGGAACUGGUCCUCAAAAAACUUAGAGGAAAGAGGAUGCUUUUGGUCGGAGAUUCACUGCAGAGAGGGCAGUGGGAAUCGUUGGUCUGCAUGGUCGAAUGGCUAAUACCUCAAGAUCAGAAGUCCAUGAAACGGGGCCGUCGUCAUUCGGUCUUCAAGGCCAAGGAAUAUAAUGCUACGAUUGAAUUUUACUGGGCUCCAUUUCUUGUUGAAUCAAAUACGGAUAUACAUGUUCUAGAGGCAAAGGAUAGAAUUAUCAAGGUUGAUUCGGUUGAAAAGCAUGCAAAAAGCUGGGUAGGGGUGGAUUUUCUUGUGUUCAAUACUUAUGUUUGGUGGAUGAGUGGCCUCACCCUCAAGACUCUAUGGGGAUCUUUUACCAAUGGUCAAGAAGGGUAUGAAGUGCUGGACACACCAGUGGCCUACAGAGUUGGUCUGAAAACGUGGGCCAACUGGGUCGAUUCCAAUGUUAACCCCAACAGGACCCGGGUCUUCUUCAUUACCAUGUCCCCAACACACACAAGGAGUGCAGACUGGGGCAACAUAAACGGGACUAAAUGCUUCAACGAGACGAGACCGGUGAUGAAGAAGAAGUAUUGGGGAACUGGUGCCAACAAGGGGAUGAUGAGCGUGGUGGCCAGUGUUGUGGAGAGGAUGAAAGUUCCGGUGACACUUGUCAACAUAACGCAGCUAUCGGAGUACAGAAUUGACGGGCAUACAUCAGUUUAUACCGAGACUGGAGGCAAGCUGUUAACAGAGGAGCAAAAGGAUGAUCCUCGGAAUGCAGAUUGCAUACACUGGUGCUUGCCGGGAGUGCCAGAUACUUGGAAUCAGAUUCUUCUAGCUUCUUUGUAGUCCUGGAGAUAGAAAUUUUCUUUGUUGCUUCUCCAACAAGUGUUUCUCUUGUGAAGGUUAUUUCUUUUGUAUCUUCUAAACGCUAAUUAAGUGGAAUUAGCAAUUUGAUUCAACUAUAAAAAAAAAAAAAAAAUGAAAAAGUUGAUUUGGCAUUUGAAUUUGUUAAUUCAUGUUAAAAGAAACUAAAAAAAAAGUU